GUAAAAGUGCAUCACUAUGACCGCAACAAUCCUGACUGGGCACCAUCCCUCAACCUUGGUCAUUUGAAGGUUAAAGAGUCAAGUGCAAGUACUGCAGUGGCACGGUUCGAAAGAGUGUUGCAACGAGAGAAGAAGAAAAAUGACUUAGAAGCUGCUUCUGCUCUUCUGGAUUUAGUCAAUUGCAAUGACAGGGAUGACAGCACAGACUAUCAUGAAUACUCCAAAGAAGGUUUCAGUUCUGUUGGAAUCCAGACAGACUUGACAGUUGCUGUCAUUGAAGCAAUGGAAGCAGAGAUCAACUGUCUCCGUGAUGAAAAAAAUAAAUUGAAAGCAAAGAAUGAUCAAAUGGACCUUAAUCAGGAAUUUUUCAAAGGAGAUGAUUAUAGAGUGAAAUUCUACACUGGACUGCCCAACUUUCUUGUCCUCAUGCAUGUGUUCAGUUUUGUGGAACCAUACAUAAGUGCUGGAAACAAGAGCUCCCUAACCAAGUUCCAGCAACUUAUUUUAACUUUGCUGAGAUGUCGAUUAAAUUUGAGUGUUCAGGAUCUGGCAUACAGAUUUUGCGUGUCUUCCUCAACUGUGUCCAGAAUUUUCAAGGCAAUCAUGGAUCUGUUGUCAAUGAAACUUAAAUUUCUAGUUCGACGGCCAAGCAGAGAGGAACUAAUAAAAACAAUGCCAAUGAUUUUUCGUGUUAACUUUGGAAAGAAAGUUGCUGUUAUCAUUGACUGUUUCGAAGUUUUUAUAGAUAGGCCAUCAAAUCUGAUGGCUAGGGCACAAACAUGGUCCUCUUACAAACACCAUAACACUGUCAAGUUCCUGAUAGGUAUAUCGCCCCAGGGUGUUAUCAGUUAUAUUUCCAAAGCCUGGGGAGGUCGAGUAAGUGAUAAACACUUAACUGAGAACUGUGGGUUUCUUGACAACAUUUUGCCUGGAGAUCUUGUCCUUGCAGACAGAGGUUUUGAUCUGUCUGAUACACUUGGACUCAUGUGUGCACAAAUCAAAGUUCCAACUUUUAUGAGAGGCAAGAAACAACUGUCCAUGCCAGAAGUAAUAGACACUAGGAAAAUAGCAAAUGUCCGGAUUCAUGUGGAAAGGGUGAUUGGUUCUGUGCGACAGAAAUACUUAAUUUUAAAUGGGCCUCUACCUAUAGACUUUGUCAUGUACAAAGACAACGAGGGUGUGACAAUGAUUGACAAACUGGUAGUAGUCUGUUGUGCACUAACUAAUCUCUCUCCAUCUGUUGUACAGUUUGAAUAA